AUGAGUGACAAGGAUGGCUCUUUAGGUGUUACCGAAAAGAAGCAAUGGAAGAGAAAGUUGGAAAUCAAUAGAAAUUUUGAUAAUGAUUAUCUUCAACAGUUGCAGCGAUUAGUAUUGAAUAUAGAUUUGAUAAAUGAAGGUGUUUCUAAUGACUACAAACCGUUUAUUGCUUUUAUUCAGAAAGGAUACUUAACCCAGGUUGUGCAAGCAUGGUCUUAUUAUGCUCAAAUUAAUAAUAGUACUAUGUUUGGUGAACACUCUAUGAAACUAGCCAAAGCUUUGGCAGUUUUGAACUCGGAUCCAACUGUCCAGACCUAUGGUAGUGAAGUGAUUAAAAAUAUUUUGAGUAAUUAUUCAAAGGUUUUAUAUAGAGGAUUGAGCAAUAUGAAGCCUUCCGUAACCAAUCCUAUGUUGAAAAUGAUGCGUGAAAUGGUGGUAUUUAAUAAUGGACAACAUGUCGAGGAGUUCUUAUCCUAUUUUAACUUAAGCACAUCAAGCGUGCAAAAGAUACUGAAACCCAAUAAGACCGAGUUAAGCAGUCCUGUGCUUGUAACUAAGUCUCCACAUUUGUCCAUGAGAGCUAAUUUCAUUAAAUUCUGGGUGGCUCUGGUUCGGAACACUCCAAUAUUACUGCGGAAAGAUCUUCUUAUCGAUAACCACAGUAUUACAAGCUCCUGGUUUAAGUAUAUGGCAAAGGUUGAUAGGUAUGAGCUAAUAGAAGACGCUAUUACUCUUAUGAAAGACUGUGUGCUUAGAGAAAAAUCAUUCCGUAAGUCUACUAAGUGUAAGAUAUUAAAUGAAGCUAUCAUAGGAAAACUACAAGAGUUGUACUACUAUUCCAAUAAAAAACUUGUGCAAAGUGUUGAUGCAUUCUUUCAAAUGUAUGGAUCUGAUCCAGAGUUCGGUAUUGGCUUCUGCGAUGAAAAAUUGUGGUUUGAUGAGCCAAUAGCAAAGCACCAAAGCAACUAUGGUGUUGUGGUGACAGUGAACCAGAAAAGCUUUAAAAUAUACAACAAAUUACUUUACUCAAUGCUGACCUUCUUUCGCCCAUGGGAAGAUGACUUACAGUGCAACACCGUCAUAAAAGUUUUAAAUCAUGUCCCUGAAUUAGUACCUCCUUAUUGUAAUUACCUGGCCACACUCGGCUAUCAUGAUCCAAAGAUGACCUCUUAUUGGUUUGGCUUAACACUUCUUUUGGGUAGGAUCAUAAAUCUACCAAUUCCACCCGAAUUGCAUGAGGUGCAGACAGAGCAGACCCCAAACAAUUCACUAGUAUUACAAAACAUUAUUCCGUGUUCUAUGUCAUCUGCAUCGCUAAUUAAGUGCUUCCAGCAUGAGGUUCCGCUAAUCAAACAUUUAGGUUGCCAAUUGUUGAUAUUUUCUUUGAAGAAGUUUGAGAAAGUCCUUAAUAUCUACACUGAAAAAGGUUGGGAAUCGGAUAAGGCAUCUUUGAACAAUUUGUAUCAAUCGCUACUACCCGAGGUCUCUAUUAUUUCUUCAACGUUAAAUGAGGCCUACAUUAAGCAUCAAGACAAUAAACUGCUUUUCUUAUCAUUAACAACAAUAUUGAAGUAUUACAGUAGCCUAUUUCCAAAUAACUUUCAGGUUGUGCUUCCUGCGAAUAAUGUUUACGUUGAAAUUAUGAAAGAAGGUGUCUUUAAAGGAUUGCAAUUGGUGAUUCUGGAUAAUUUUUUGCAAUUCCAAGAGCUCAAUAGCUACCAAAUUAAAUGGUGGCAGAAUUCGGAAAAUAAACGAUCACUGUUCAGCUCAUUAUUGCAGGUUGCCGCUUCAAAUCAAUCUUCAAGCACUAUUACAACAAAAAUAUCCAAUGUUCUUGAUAGGCUUUUGAAAUACACUUUACUAUUUAACAAGGACACCCUUUUGGCCUCACCUGUACUAUCACUUAUCAACAGCUGUUACGCUGUUUGUGCAUAUACUGAACACAAUGAUGCAGCUCAGAUAGACAAGAUCUGGAAAUUAUUAGAUGAAGCGACUCUUAGAUGUGUGAAGUUUCCAUAUAAAUAUAUUGACAUGUCAGCGGAAUAUGGUUAUAUUUCUCCUUUUAUCGUUGCUUUAUGUGAACAGUGGAAAUAUGUUGAUAAGAAGACAUCAUUUGAUAUUGUCAGUAAGUGGAUCCUGAUAUUUUUACGGAGCAUGGCAAUGAUAGGUGAAUCAUCUGAGAAUAUUUUCAAGGUACUUGCAAGUUUGGAUGACAUUGACUCUUCUUUACUCAACGUAUACUUCCCUAAGGAUUAUGAAAAAAAUAUUACCACAAUUUCGAAGGAUCAGUAUAUACUUUCUUCGAACAUGGAAUACGCCUUUGUGGAUCUAAUUGCAUUGUUACCUGUUAACAAAAUAUCGAAUGUUGUCAGGCUACCUGUUAACGAUCUCGAUGCUUGUGGUUUAUUAUUUAGGAUCCAAUGCUUACUGCAGUCAGAUACUAUAGAAUUUGAAAAAGAUAGGCUAGCUACCGUCUUUGAUGUACUAUUUACUAAAUGUGCCAACUAUGCUGCAUCAAAUUCAGAGUUUAGAGAGAAGUUCAUGUCCGAAGUUUGUUUUAAAAAGUUUGUUAUUCAUCCUGAAAUUAAUACUAGUGAUAUUAAUCUGGUUAAAAAGUAUACUUUUACUACUAAAAUAUUGACAGAUAUCUAUGGAUCAUUUGGAGAUAAUAUUGCGCAAUUUCAAUUGUACGGGAAAGAGCUCAUUCUUUCUAAGUUUAAGGCUUGGCAAUCUAAUAAAACAGUAAAGGAUAUGUUGGUAAACGUAUUUAAUAUACUUCCAUCUGGUGAUUUAUUGAAGCUUAUCGAAGAUGACAUUGUAUUGGAUCCCGCAAGUAUAGUAUCCGUUUUGCUAAAUAUUGCCAAAGCAAAAUCAAAUAUUUCAGGUAACAUGUUCCUAAAGUUGUUGGAAUAUGAUGAGGAAGAAAUCGUGGAAUUAUUGGGCUACUUUGCAGACUUAAGAUUAAUCGAAGAUGCUGAUCUGGAUGCAGUUUUUGAGAAAUCAGUGAAUAACUUUAAGCUAUUUCCAAUUAUAGAGCGAUGUAUAGGGUAUCCUGAAGCGGUUAAGUCGCUACAAAAGUACCUAGAUUGUGUGAAGUUAGAUGACUUAGUUAUCGCAAUCGGGGCAUUAUUAAAACCAAUGGAAGAUGAUACGAUAUCAGCUUUCUGUAAAAAGGCUUUAAAGCUGGCAUUAGAAAAGUUUGAUACCUUCAAAGGUAGUUUGAUGCGUCACACAAUAUAUUUGUUUUCUAACUGCCAAACGUUGUUGGCUGAAGAAGAUAAGAAUAGAAUUGUAGAAUACUUCACUACUCGCUAUGAAAACAAGUACUCAGUCCCAGUCGCUACUCUACUUAAACCCUAUAUUUCAAAAGAAGUUGACUCAACCAAGAUGUGGUUGAAUAAAUGCAUGUUGUUCAUAACUAAGAAGUUUGCUGAGCUGGAUAAUUUGCCGAAGUCCUUCACUGACUUUUUAUCACAAUUCAAAGACAUAUUAAAAUUAAAUAAUACUUGGUCCAUGAUAAACAAGUCCGCGUUGAAUGCAGAACUCGAAGUUAUAUUGGGUGGAAAGUGGGUCGAAGACCCUGCAGUAUUAGAAUAUGCAAACAUUUUGGUAUUAGGAGGAUUAAAGUCAAGCAUCGAAAGCAGUAGGCUACUUCAAAUUUUCAUUCACAAUAGAGAGCAGCCUUUGGCCAAAGAUGCCUCGAAUUCAUAUGUCCAGUAUUUGGCAGCUACAAUUUGUUUCAAUUUAUUUAACCACGACAUUGCUGUCAAUUCUAAUGUUGUGGUACAAGAAACAUUGUUGAGAUUCUAUAACGGAACUGUUAGACCAUCUGAUAGGAUUCUUUUGAACAUACUAGAAGUUUUAGAGUCAAAACUUGCAGUUUCAUGGACGAACGAAAUAUACUCGUGGGAAUUUUUGGAUAAUUUAUCAACUACAGAAAGAGAGUUAAUUGGUUCUGUAAAACUACUGGUAAGAAAAAACGCAGGAUUUGUUGUAACCUUAAGCAGGGAUAUGAUCACUGAUACGAUACGUAACUAUCCAUUCGUCAAUGAAAUUCCCGAGUAUAGUAAGUUAACUGUUGAAGAAUUUUCGACUAUUCAAAAAAACUUUUUCGACAAAUAUGAAACUGCUAAACUAGGGUACGAGCGCGAUGUAUAUGAUCCCCUCUUUAUUUUGCUAUUAGUACUGCACAAUGGUGAGUUGGUCAAAUUUAUUUCUGACGAAGAAUCAGGAAAAUCUGGCUGUAGAUUGGAUGUUAAAAAAUUGUUAGACAGCAAACUUGCUCAGUUAGCAAUUAUGGGACUCUCGGAUUCUAGAGAACUGGUUGCAAAGGUUUCAUUCACCAUUAUCAACCAGAUGUUAAUUUCACUAAACGAAAACUAUCAGUUUAAAGAUUCUAACAUCUUUAAGAUUUUGUUUACUAAAAUUGUGUACACAUUUGCACAAAAGGAUAAAGGUGAUGAAAACUUGCUACAAAAAACUCCGCCAAUCUUCUGGUUCUCUGUCUCAAGGAUUGUAGAAUUGUUGUUGCAACCUCGCUCUCUCUUAUAUGAAAGUGCCUACCGUUGGGUUCUAUCCUCGCCAUCUCUCUAUACCAACAACAUAGCCUUAUUUCAAAAGGUAAUGCCAAAGAAGGCCGAGGAUAUCGAAAGUUACUACUUGCAUUUGCAGUGGGUACUGGAAACUAUUUUAAGUGGUAUGUGCACUGAAAAAGAUGUUAAUCUUCUAAAAUCCCAAAAUAUCUUGGAAUGGUUACUUAACCUACAAAACUCUCCUUACUUGAAUCUAAAGCUACAGACCCUCAUUAACCUAAUUGUGUACAAAUUACAAAGAACUGCAUUGGGAGGAUCAAUGUUGGUUACAAGAUUUAGUGGCCUUGCAUAUUUGGAAUCAGUAAAAUACAAUGCGGGUAAGAGUUCGCAACAAUUGAAUGAAUCCUUGCAGAAUAACCCUAUGAACAGGAAUUAUCUCAAAGAUCAAUUAAUAUCCCGCCAAACUAGCCUGAACAGUCGAGAACUAACUUUGGGAUGCGCUGUUCUGGUUAAUUCUAAAAAAAGACUUCUUGAAUGGACGUCUGACGACUUGAAUAAUAUCGUCAAGAGGAUUAGACAAUAG